AUACCGAUCACUAUUUAAACUGGCUGACGCAACGACUUUUAGUAUCAAAACCUACAUCCGAUUCACAAGUUACAGACACAUUAUAUCACCACGGAUUUUGGAACUAAUACAGUGUCCAAAACACUGCUCCACCGUUGGUAGAAGGGGAUUGCAGUCCAACUUGUGACGGUGGUGUAUGGUGGCUGGGUCUGACAUGAUGCCCGGCCAGAUCCCUGACCCCUCCCUGACGGCCGGCUCCUUGCCCAGCCUGGGCCUGCUGGCCGGCAUAUCUGCCACCACGCUCACCGACCAGCUCAAACUGGCACAGGACUUCAGGAACCUGGGCGCCAUGUUGUCACCGCUGCAUUUCCUGGGACGGCUUGGCAAGAGGCCGCUCACUGCUAUCAAGGGAGAGAUGGACGAGGACGAUGACAGGAGGAAACGGAGGAGGGAUAAAAACAAAGUGGCAGCAGCACGAUGUCGGAACAAGAAGAAGGAGAGAACAGACUUCCUCCAAAGGGAGUCGGAGCGUCUGGAGGUGGUGAACUCUGACCUGAAGGCCCAGAUCGAGGAGCUGAGGAUGGAGAGACAGCAGCUGAUGGUGAUGCUCAACCUCCACCGCCCCACCUGCAUCGUCCGCACCGACAGCGUCAACACCCCCGAGAGCGAGGCCAACCCCCUGCUCCAACACCUGGCCGCCGAAAAGCUGGAGGCCUCCAAGUGAAACCGCAGAGGUAAAGUGAAACCGAAGGGCGGGAAGGAAGGAAUCAGCCGGAAAAAACAACUGUCAUCAUGAUCACGAAAGAUUUUUUAAAAAAUCACCUGAUGCUUUUGUUGUUGAAGCACUUAUGUACUGUCUUGAGCUCCAUGCUAGAGACUUUUGGAGACUCUUGUCUGUCUUUUCCCAAAGACCCGGGGUUGUUAGGGUUCCGUUGCCUUGGUAACACCUUGGUAACAUUACCUGAGCGGGUUCUGAGGGAAGAGGGAGGAGCCUAAUGCCCAACCCAGUUAUCUCAGCAUCAUAAUAAGUGUUGUUUGUUUUUGAAACCCAGUCAGUGCCUCACAGUUUACUUACUGCGACCAACCAUCAUUACAAUAAGGGACAGAUGGAAGACGUUAGUGGAAACUAUAACGUUGAAGAGGAAACACUAAGAUCAAUCACUAUGGUGCUCUGUUACCGCCAUUUACUGGCACUGAGACAAAACAAAGGGGUUGUUGUUGUUGUUGUGAUAUUCUAAACAUGUAUAACGGUAGAGGCCCACAGGUGUAGCCAGCCAGAGUACUGUGUACCAUGUUGAAAUAUACAGGUGAAGUAGUAUUCUAGGAUCUGUCCAUUACAUGCAUUCAAUGUAUAUACCAAGUCGUUUUUGUUUUUUUGUAUUUUAUAUUAUAAUGCUAAUUGUUUUUAUAUUCUCUGCCUUGACGAUGGAAGUAUCCGGUUGAUCCGACUUGAGGUGACGCUGGCGUCAUAAAUAAAAGCACAUAAAAACUAUAUGAAAUAAUGUUUACACUCCUGUUGUUAUAAAAAGGCAAUGUUAAUUCAAAUGUCUGUCUUUCAAUGUACUUAUUUUAUACCCCUUUAUAUAUAUAUAUACAUAUAUAUUGUGUAUGAAAUGCCCUGUAUUGUUGUAAUCACUUGAUGUGAUUUUGCAUUUUACAUCAGUGUCUGUCCAGUUGUAUUUUUCAAUAUUAAAGGCCCU